UGGAACCACGGACAUAUAUGUUUUCCCUCAAAGGUUUUUUAACAACAUUUGAGGUACCUUUGCGCUGUUCGGCGCUUGGUUGUGUAUUGUAUUUAAAGAGGUGUAUUUAUAGUGGUGUUUUAUUAGAAGGUAGCGGUCUUUUUGAACCCACGACAUAACGGUACCAUUUCAGUUGAAUCACGCUCUGCUACUCUAUCAUACUGAACGCAUCCCCGGUGUGUGGUCGUCUGCUCCUCCGUGAGAGUUGCAGGGAGUGAUUACAGCGUUGCAUAUUUGUGGAACGAAGCAGCAGUGUUGGUGCUCUGUCUCGGGGAGGUCUUUAUCACAGCCGUAUACACUAAAUUGAAGACUCCAAAAUAACUAUGCCUCCGCCCCUGCGCCACCGCUCCAUGCGUAUCUUUAUGAAUGACGACCGCCACGUCAUGGCGAAGCACUCGGCCGUCUAUCCGACCCAAGAGGAGCUGGAGGGUGUGCAGAACAUGGUCUCCCACACGGAGCGUGCCCUGAAGGCUGUGUCGGACUGGUUGGAUGAACAGGAGAAGGUGGUGGUCAAGACGGAAUCGGACGUAGCUGAGCCCGACAAGGAGGGGGAACCCAGGGUGUCGGAGCAGGCCACACGGUCCCUGCGGGGGGUGAUGAGGGUGGGCCUGGUGGCCAAGGGCCUGCUGCUGAAGGGGGACUUGGACCUGGAGCUGGUCCUGCUGUGCAAGGACAAACCCACGGUCACCCUGCUGAAGAAGGUGUCCGACAACCUGGAUGUGCAGCUCAAGUCCAUCACUGAGGACAAGUACGAGGUCACUCAGGUCAUCCGUGAUGCCACCAUUGUGAUCAAGAGCACCAAGGAUCCUCCGCUUACUCUGACCAUCAACAUGACCUCCCCCCUGGUCCGCGAAGAGGUGGAGAAACAGGCUGCUGGAGAAACGCUAUCAGUCAACGAUCCCCCGGAUGUUCUGGACAGGCAGAAAUGCCUUACUGCCUUGGCGUCUCUUCGCCACGCCAAGUGGUUCCAGGCCAGGGCCAACGGGCUGAGGUCCUGUGUAAUCGUCAUCCGCAUCCUGAGGGACCUGUGCUCUCGCGUCCCCACUUGGGCCCCACUGCGUGGAUGGCCGUUAGAGCUUUUGUGUGAGAAGGCGAUUGGCACCGGGAACCGGCCAAUGGGUGCAGGGGAGGCCCUGCGGAGAGUUCUAGAGUGUCUGGCUUCUGGAAUCCUCAUGGCUGAUGGUGCUGGAAUCUGUGAUCCAUGUGAGAAGGAGUUGACAGACGCCAUCGGUCACCUUGACCUCCAGCAGAGGGAGGACAUCACGCAGAGUGCCCAGCACGCCUUAAGGCUGUCUGCCUUCGGACAGCUUCACAAAGUGCUAGGGAUGGACCCCCUUCCCUCGAAAAUGCCCCGAAAACCCAGGAGCGAGACACCGAUUGACUACACAGUACAAAUCCCCCCCAGUACAACGUACGCCCCACCGAUGAAGAGGCCCAUCGAGGAGGAGGAAGGAGGGGAUGACAAAAGCCCAAACAAGAAGAAAAAGAAGCUGCAGAAGAAAUCCCCAGAUGAGAAAUCUGAGCCUCCCCAGGCCAUGAAUGCCCUGAUGAGGCUGAACCAGCUGAAGCCUGGCCUGCAGUAUAAACUGCUCUCCCAGACGGGCCCAGUGCAUGUGCCGGUCUUCACCAUGGCUGUGGAAGUGGAUGGCAAGAGCUUUGAAGCCUCCGGCCCAUCCAAACGCACCGCCAAGCUUCAUGUUGCUGUCAAGGUCCUCCAGGACAUGGGCUUGCCCACUGGGGUGGAGCUGAAGACCGCUGAGCCAGUGAAGACCGAGGAAGCUACAGCAGCUGCCGUUGUGGAGGAGGUGAAGCCGUGCGUCACCCCCGUUGAGAUGGACACUGCAGCCACUGGGGCCGCCAGUGCAGAGGCCACAGACAGUGCAGAGAGUGCUCGUCAACAGGGACCAAUCCUGACCAAACACGGGAAAAACCCUGUGAUGGAACUGAACGAGAAGCGACGUGGCCUUAAGUAUGAGCUCAUCUCAGAGACCGGAGGCAGCCACGACAAACGCUUCGUAAUGGAGGUGGAGAUCGACGGGCAGAAGUUCCAAGGAACAGGCUCCAAUAAGAAGGUGGCCAAGGCCUAUGCUGCCCUGGCUGCCCUGGACAAACUCUUCCCAGAGGGCUCCCUGACAGAGGCAGCCAAGAAGAAGAAACUCCCACCGAUGCACAAUCCUGGGUUUGGCAUGAUGGGCGGACCAACUGGUGACCCAGCGGCCACUCACAGGGGCAGAGGUAGAGGAGGGCGUGGCAGGGGGAGGGGCCGAGGGUUCAAUAAUGGUGGCGGCUAUAGUCAAGGUGGCUAUGGAAGUUAUGGAUAUGGGAACAAUGGAAACUAUAAUUACUACAAUAAUGGUGGCGCAAAUGGUGGCGCUGGGACUGCUGGCGAAGGCCCUGCAGCCAACACUACAGGUGGGGUGGCAGCAGCAGGAACCUACAGUUCAUAUUACCAGAAUGAUGGAAGCUACUCCACCCCUCCUCCAGCCACCAAAGCCCCUGUCAAAAAGCCCCCCAUGCACCAGGGGGCUAAGUCAUCCUUCCCAGGGCCCCCGGGGGUUGGUGGCGGGGCAUACCAGGCCACCCCUCCCCCUGGCCAGAGUGCCUAUAACCAGUAUGGCCAAGGCUAUGGUCAGGGCAAAAAGAACUUAAGUCAGAACCAGGGAGGAGCAGGAACGUAUCCAUACAGCACUGCUUACCCCAGCCAGGUGACAGGGGGCGCCGGGGCCAGCCAAGACUACAGUUACGAAGGUUAUGGUAAUCAGUCAAAUUACAGUGCGCAGGCUGGAGCCAACCAGAGCUAUGGCGCAAACCCAGCUCCAUACCACAACCCAGUAGGUUAUGGCAGGGGAGAUCCCUCCAUUAACUACCAGUACAGAUAGACUGAGUCUGCCCUCUGUAUAUUCCCACCAGAGCCCUACAGUUUCACCCCACAGGCCUUUUCCAAAGAAGCAACGGUGGCUGUCUGUGCUCAAUGGUUUUCCCCAUGUCUGCUUGUAUUUGGUUAUUUUUCAACUUUAGUGGGCACACAGUGAAUAACUGGACUUAUUAGUUGGCAGCUUCAAGGCUGAAAAUUGUCUUUCAGUGAUUUGUCAGUGUUCAGUCUUGAUUUUAUUUCAGUUUUUUUUUAUGGACCCCACCAAUCGGUUUCCCACCACCAAAAAUAGGGAAUGGCCACAAAUUCCCAGUUCAUUUGUUAGCCUUUUUUGUUUAUCCAUACACCAACAUUUUAAAACUGUUGACCACUAAUAGUUUUGGCAGAGGAUUUGUUUAAAUUGUUUCUUACGUUACAAUGGUCCCAGAGAACUGCUUGCUUGUGGAAGUAUUUGCUUGUAAUUUUAAACAUUUAUUUUUCAAUGUUUUACUUGAUGUAUUUGUGUAGUUUUAUUUUAACAAAUCACUUUUGAAAUGACUAGAAAGACAUUAAAUGUCAGAUGUCUAAUUCACAUUUGUGGUCUAAGUAGAUUUCAGGUGGGUGGGAUGUUUUCUCCAAACUGUAUAAGAAAGUGUUGUUUGUAUCAAUAAAGGAUUUUUAUUUUGGA